AUGCCGCAAAGAGGUACCAUCUUCAAUUCAAAAAGUAAUUCUUUGCCCUGGAAGGCUUGCUGUAUGGAAAGUGGAUCUGGACGGCCUGACUCUUUGACUGAGGAGCUCAUACCUGUGCGGGUGACGAGGGGGGAGGCGAAGAAGAAAGCGAUUAAAAAAGAUGCGGAGGUGGAAGUCAAGAAAGAGAAGAAGACGAUGGAAGUUCUGAUUGCUUCCACGCGCGAGGACUACGAGGCGACAGAGUCGCAAGACGGAGACAUGGAGGACGGCGGUGAGUUUGGGGAGGAGACAGACGGUAUCGUGGUGGACGAGGAGGUUUGUGGCCGGGGUGGAAGAGGCCAAGGUCGCUCGAAUCCUCCAGAAGCUGCUGGUAGUCGUCAAGACCACUGGAAAGAGAAAGUGGAGCGAGAAGGCCAGGGAUGA